ACUAUUACUAUAGUAAAUUUCAACCCGUGACAAAAACUUAUAAUUAGCUACGACAUUUUACUAUAACAAAAAAUUUGUGGCUGUAUCAUUUAAUUAUUGCAACAAUGUUUUAGAAUUUGUAGGAAAAAUAUUUAUUGGGCUAAGAUAUCUUGUUUCAAAUAAUUUAUUGUGGCUAAAAGGUUACUAUUGCUACAGUAACUUUAUUGUGUGGAAAAAACUUAUGAUCAGCUAUAAAAGUUUAUCGUAGCAAUAAAGUUGUAGCUAUUUAGGUAGUUAUUGCCAUGAUAGUUAGUAAUUAUAGCAAAAAUGAGGAAUUAACUUUGUCAAUUUGAUUUUUCAUGGCUAAGAAAUUUUGCGAAUUCGUAGAUAGCUAUGAAAUUCAAUUUUUUGUGGCUAUUACUAGGUAAUAGCUACGAAUUUUAAAUUCAUAGCUUAGAUUUCGUAGCUAUAAAUACAUUGUGUUGUAGUAUGAGGAUUCUGCAAAAACAAAUUGAUGUCCAUUAGUACGUUCAUUAGAUAGAAGGAACACCAUUCUCUCUUUCCAAAUGAUCAUUCCAUACAAAUUAAAUAGCUACAAAUUAAGAAGAGGAAAGGAGAUGACCUUUUUUAUAAUUAAGAUAAUUUAAGGUGAGUUAUGAAUAAUCAAUUAAGAGUAGAAGUUAUGAAGAUGAAGAGGUGUGAGUUAUGGAUAUCAUAGUUUUUUAAAAUAAAAUAUAAUUAUGAAAAAUGAGGGAAAAAGGCAAAAAAAGAAGAAAAUAUAUAAAUGCCAAUGGAGGCCAUAGAGAGGUGUCACGUAGGAUUGACUAUUGCUAGCUUUAUAUUAUAUAUAGAUUGUUUACCUCAAAUUUAUGAUCAAUAAAACAUACUAGUAUAUAAUUCCUUAGGCAUACUUGUUUUGGUUUUUCUGUUUCAUAGGCUUCAUGGUUUAUAUAGGAUCAUAAAUAGGUAGAAACUGAGAAGGGCAUGAAUUGUAAAUCUCAUUUGGUGAUUUAAUGAAGUUUUCUUUUAAUUGCCAAAAAAAAAAAUGAUCCUACAAAUACGGAUUUAAGAAAAUUUUAGAAUACAACUACGAUAAUCGUUACCCAAAUUUUACUAAAAUGUACUUUUUCAUUCUUCAUGGUCAUUUUUGCUUUGGCGGUGGAGCCGCCAAUAACCAAUUCAUUUAUCUCUUGAAUUACCUAAUCAAUAGGUAGGUUUAAAGUGGUCCAUCUAAUUAUUUUAUUAAUAUAUGGGAUGUGAUAAAAUAUAUACUCCAUUUAUUUUGAUUUAUCUGACACUAUUCCCCUAUUAAUUUGUUUAGAAAAUGAUAUAGCUCUAAAUUUAAACAUAAUUUAAUAAUAGUUGAUUCAUUUUAUAAACUUUUGUAGCCAUAUAAAUUUAUGACAUGUUCAAAAGUUACAACUUACAAGUUUCAAAAUCAUUUAAAUAACAAGUUUGAAAACUUUGUUCUAAAAAAAAUCAUGUCGAGUUAAAUCAUAUCACAUAAUUUGGAACAGAGAGUGGAUAUAUAAAAAUUUGGUAAUCAGGAGUUGUGACGAAAAUCAGGGGCAAAGCUAGAGAGUAAGCUAUAGAUUCGAUAGAACUCAAUAACUUUGAUUGGAACUCUAUAUUUAUAUUUAAUUUUCACUUAAAAUAUAUUAUAGUUUUUAUAAAACUUAAUAAACUAUCUUAUUUAAAAUCAUAUCUCAACUCAAAAUUUUGGCUCUGCUUCUGAGACUCUCGUUGGCACACAAGAAGCCACACAUGUGCCUUUGAGUAUUCUGGCAAAGAAACACAAAGUUUAAUUGCAUGAUUGGCUAGAUAUACAUAGGUUAUUAAAUGAUGAAAUCGACCAUGAAAUAGCUAGGUUGUUAGACUCAUGUAAAGCGGUUGAUUAGUUUUCUUAACUGAGUUAUUAUAAGUUUUGCUAUUGUAUCAAAUUAACGGUUAGGCAAAUAAUUAGCACAUAAGUGCUUAAUCUCUCUUAGGAUAGUCUGUUAAGCAAAAUUUUCAUUAAAAAAUCAAUGAUUUUCAUCCAGUGUCUGGUACCUGUAUUGAGGCUCAAACUAAAUCGCAAUCGCACCUUGUAAGGAUUACAAAGGGGAAUCCUUUUUCUUAAUUAGGGCUCGAAUUCGAUACCUUUGAUUAAUCGUAAAGAGAUCCGACCAUUCCACCACAACUUAAUGGUCGUUGUGAAAAUAAUUGAAAUACUAAUUAAGAGAUACUUCUUCCAAUACCAUAUUAUAUGGAGUACAUCUUUUAUGAAGAUUUUUGUACACCCUUAAGAAACACAUUUUUAAUAUCAUUAAUCAUGAAGACACAAUUUUCUCUUUAAACGUCAUGAAUAAUCAUUUAUUUUGGAACGGGAAUAAUAGUACCAUAGUAUCAAAAUGAAGACCAUGAUCUAAGUCAAUGACGACCAGGAAUUUUAACUAGUAGAGUAAAAAAAUUCGAAACGCCGCAUCUGAAUUUGAAGUACCUGUAUAUGUUUACAAAAUUCAAAAUUUUAUAUAUGUAUAAAGAAAAAUUAUUUCUGCCCUACUUACCACAAUGUAACUUUUGAUAUUUAAGUAUCCUUCCUUACAUGUGGCCCACCCACUGAUCACAGACUCACAGUUCACACACUAAUUAGUACUAGUAAAAGAUAUUUGUAGUAUAGAUGUACUUGUACAUUUAAAAUAUACAGCUAAGUGAAUACACAAAAAUACUUUUAUAACAUACGUGGAGGCAGUAGAAUCAUACUUUAAAUUUAUAUCCACACAUUAUAUUGGAAAUAAAAAAGGACCAGGCUGGUGAUGCCUAUUGAAGAAAUCCCAUGAUUGUCCCCACAUUCUGAGUCAAGUGGUACAUACAUAAACACGGGACACUAUCCGUUUUCAUGUCAUGAAAUCAAAUCUAUCAACUUGCAGAGCUUCAAUUGAAAAAUUAUAUCAUAUCAUCACUUGAAAAAUAAGUGUCAUAAGAAAUGUGAUUAACAGCCUAGGGAAUUAAUAAAUAAAUAAUUACUUUAACAGCCUAGGGAAUAAAUAAAUAAAUAAUUACUUCUUCUUUUCAAUUUGUGUGUCUUAGUUCGGACAUAGAGUCUUCAAUUAUUAUUUUUGAAAUAAAAUUUUCACGUUUAGAAACUAAAUAAAAAGUACCAUAAGUGAUAAUAGUUAAGAUAAAAUAUUUAAAAAAAUAUUUGAAAAAAUUGUACUCCAGCAAAAAAAAAAAAUCUUUGAUUCUUCAAAUAAUAACUAGAUCGCACGUAAAUUUGAGGCAGAGAGAGUGUUGUUCAAAGAUUUCGCACGGUUAUUGUAUAUAAUAUUAAUUUCUCAACUUCUUAUAAAGGCAUAAUAAGAGUGUACUUUUAUGAAGAGACAAAAGGUUUUGCUUAUUCCACGUAACACAGUGUGCAUUAGUAUCCAUAGCAUUUAGUUCUUACAAAAGAAAUAUGAGGUACAUAUUCUACCACAAUUCCUUUUUGUCUCCUCCACUUGUAUACUACUAAACCAUAUACAAUUCCCCCUGCACAACUCCCUUGCCUUCUUUAAACUAUACUAAAAUAUAUUAAUCCAUCAAACUAUAAAGUAUAAUGUUCUUCCUUAAUUUCCAAAAAUGUCUUGCACCAACUCUUCUCCUUGCUGCUACAAUUUUUAUUUCUCCAAGAAGUUAGUAGCAAUCACUUUGACAUGAAUGGGAAAUGACAGAUAUCUCAUCAAGUUUCCAUCAAGAACAAGAAGGGGUAACAGAAAAACAAGUACCACAAGGAGAAGAGAAAGAAAAAGAAGAUCAAGAAGAAGAGAAAGCAAGAUGUGAAUGGGAUUUUCAUCUUUCUACUGUGAUUUCAUCUUGCAAUAGUAUUAAUGGAUCUGUUUGUGACACACUUGGUGUUUUAGAAUUUGACCCUUGUUGUAAUUUCCUAGCUUCUGGUGGAAUUGCUAGGAAAAUUCGAAUUUAUGACGUAAAUUCGUUGUCACAAGAAGAGAGAGAAGGCGACAAGCGCACCACUGGUGAGCCUGUGGCUUUGGAUCAUGGCAAUGCAUGUAACUUUUAUAUUUGUACUCCUGCAAAACUCAGUAGCUUAAAGUGGAAACCCGGUUGGGGUAGUCAGGUUUUAGGGUCGGGUGAUUACGAUGGAGUUGUCAUGGAAUAUGACUUAGAGAAGAAAAUGCCCGUUUUCGAACGGGAUGAACAUGGUGGUAGGCGGGUUUGGAGCAUUGACUACUGUCAUUUGGAUCCGGUUUUGGGUGCGUCCGGAGCGGACGAUGGAACCAUGCAAAUGUGGGACCCGCGUUGUGGCGAUAACGGGAAGUGCUUGGCUAUGGUACAACCUUGUAAGCAAUACAGUCCGGUGUGUUGCGUGGAAUUCAAUCAGUUCAGAGGUCAAAUCGUAGCCAUUGGAUGUGCUGACCGGAGGGUCUAUGCUUAUGAUAUAAGGAAAAUGAUGGACCCUCUUUUCAUCCUUGACGGACAUCAGAAAGCAGUUACUUACAUUCGAUUUCUUGAUGAACGUACGAUUGUCUCUUCAAGUGUAGACGGGUGUUUAAAAAUGUGGAAUGCGGAGGAUCAACGGGUUAUUCGUACCUACAAGGGGCACAACAAUAGUAAGAGGUUUGUUGGUUUAUCGGUAUGGAGACCUGGUGGAUUAAUUUGUUGUGGCUCAGAGAGUAACCAAGUUUUUGUAUAUGACAAGAGAUGGGGUGAGCCAAUUUGGGUCUACGGACGCGAACCCAUGGGUCUAACCGGGUAUGACCAUGGGUUCGUUAGUAGCGUAUGCUGGCAACAAAAGGAAGAGAAUCGAUGCACACUCGUGGCUGGGGACUCAUAUGGUGUUUUGCGAGUUUUCAAUGGCAAGAGAAGAUGAUUAAUUAUUCAGUGACAAACGCAGAAUUAAAUCGUUUUUAAAUGACAACAGAAGAUGAACGAUAAUAAUUCAGGAUGCAGAUUUGAACCGUUUUGAGGAUGAAUGAUUAUUGAGUGACGGGCGCAGAAUUAAAAGUACAUGUCAUAUUCGGAGAAAAGCUUUCCGCAAGUAUUAGGCAUAAUGUGUACUAUUGUUUUUCCUGAGAAGUCAUAGAAACCAAAGCCAACCCAAAAAGGUAAUUGCCCCAUUUCCUUUUUUUUCUUUUUAUUUCCACCCUUUUUCAUUCUCAUUUUAAUAGGAAUUAGAGGAAUUAUAGGCCACUUACAUUGUCUGAAAGAUAGAGGAUAUGAUUCUAUAGAGAUAUGUGAAGAAAAAGGGAAAAUUAAAUUGCAAUGCCAUUUUAUUCUCGUUGUUCUCUCUUCGAGGUGACUGUAUAAUAAAAGCGAAUAUUAUUUACUGACAGAUCUUUGUAGAAAGCAUAAACAUGUAUGCACUAAUGCUGAACUUUAUGACGAA